AUGGCUUCCAUGUCGCCGAUAGACACCGCCGCUGCCGCCGCCAUGUCGGGGCCCUCGUCCCAGGGCGACAGCGUCUCGCCUCGUCAGGCGGCGCCGCCCAAGAACGUCGCAUUCGAGCUCAUGUUCUCCAGCUCGCCCCAGUACCGCGCGCGCCUGCCCAUGCGUGUGCAAAUCUUCCCCCAUGACACCACCGACUCCAUUGUCACCACGGUCAAGAAUUUCUAUGGCCUCUACUCAAGCCCGACGAGCUCCAAGGGCGUCAGCUUCGAGGACGACAUGGGCAACACCCUCAUCGCGCGCUACGAGAACUUCCACGACCAUAUGGUUGUCUACGUCCGCGUCAUCGACGAAGGCCCUUCGGUCUUUGCGCCCCAUCCCUUCCAUCACCCCUCGACCAUUGCCCCCGAGUCCUACUACGGCGAGGCCUACCACCCCCAGCCCCAGCAUCGCGCGGAGCAGCACAUGGCCCAGCCCGGCUCCCCGACGUCGCGCCGCCGCAGUCCGUCUCCCAACGCCCUUCGCGGCCGGAGGAGCGAGUCGGUCAGCACCACAAGCAAGAACGGCCGCUCGCGCUCCGUCAAGAGCCGUCGGCCCACCGCCCACAGCCACGCCGAUGCCUACAGCGACAGCAUGAACGGCUACAGCAGCGGCGAUGGCGCCCCCAGCUCCGCCUCUGGCAAGACCAAGGAGCAGCUUGGCAACACCGACAUCAGCGUCGAGAACAUUGUUGAGGGCGGCCGUCGCAAGAGGGCAAAAUUCGAGAGCUCGGAAUUGCCGCUGUUCGCGCCGCCUCAGAUGCCGGCCGCGACGUCCAACCCGUCCGUGUCGCCGGCUCGCCGUAUCGAGCACCACCGGCCGUCGAUGCCAUUUGUCCACCCUGGCCAGAACCCCUUCCAGAACCCCCGGCCGAUGCAAUCUCCGCAAAACUACCACAGUGGUCUGGCCCACUCCAAUAUGUAUGCCACGCCUGCCUCUCAUGGCCACCGCUCCCGCAACAGCAUUGGCUAUGCCAGCAACGGCAGCGGCGUCGGCACCGGCAUGGGCGUGCUUCCGACACCCGACCCUACCGUCGGCAGCUGCAUGUCGGAGGAGGACAAGGACGUCGCCCUCCAGCUAAUGCGGCUCGGCGAGUCGUCCGUCUCACAUGGCCGGACCUCAGCGUCCACCCUCGACGAUACCUUCAGUGGCCGCGCUGAUGCCGCCUCGUCCACUGGCGCCACUAGCGACGGCGAGAGCGAGAGCGAUGGCGAUAUGCCUGCUGCUCGCCGCCAGAAGCUGGACGCCGCCGGCGGUGUCAAGCGGAUAUACCCGACGACUGAGGCGCACUUCAUCCCCACCACCGAGGGCGGCACCGUCGGCGGCAGCGAUGCCGGCUACGACGACAGCGCCAAUGCUCUCGGCGAGUCUAUGAAGGCUGCGGCGAACGGCCUCCUCAAGAAGCCGUCGUCCACCAAGCCCAAGCCCACCUCCGUCGCGGCUCCCAAGGUGCCGUCGCAGAAGCCGCCCAAGGCUCCCAAGCCCACUGGCAUCAAGACCAAGAAGCUGCCCACCACGCCGGCCACCGGUCCCAUGUCCCCCGUCUCCACCACCCAUUCGCGCAAGCAGUCCGUGGCCUCUGUCGGCCACAUCGGCCAGCCUGGCGACGAUGAGCCCGACCUGUCCACCAAGCCCCGCUGCCAGCGAUGCCGCAAGAGCAAGAAGGGAUGUGACCGCCAGCGUCCCUGCGGCCGCUGCCGCGACGCCGGUCUCUCGGCGGAUCAGUGCAUCAGCGAGGACGAAGGCAAUGGUCGCAAGGGCCGCUACGGUCGCCACAUGGGCGUCCCAAUCAAGAAGGAAGAGGGCGCCGUGGUCAUGCCUCAGCCAGCCCUGCUGCCCGCCGCUCCCAUCCUCACCACUGCCUUGACAAAUACCGACAAGAACAAGAAGCGCAAGCGGUAG